AGGCGUUGCUAUAUCCGCGGUACAAAGUGGCUGGGUCUGUGGCGAAUGUGGGGAUUCAUCUCACGGACAUACAAUUGUCCAUGUUCUUCGAUCUGCUCUCUGGAAAUCUGGCCGAAGGUGAUCCUUCAGAGAGCUCAAGUGCCACAACUGCGACUGCUGCUGCUGGAGACUCUCCCGAACUCAAAACGGACGAUUUUGGACGCGAAGUGUCCCUAGACUUUAGUUUGGCUUUCCAGAACGUUUCGUUACGGAUAUAUGAGCGGGCUAUUGGGAACAUGGUAGGUGACCGUGUGCCGAUGUCUGCGCCACCACUACCACUGAUGGACUUUAUUAUGGACAGCUCAAAUGUCAACCAAAUCAACCACGUGGACGGAAACUCUCGCACAGAGUUCACCUGCAAACG